AACAAUACGAGUAAUAGUUUGGAGAAAAAGCAAUGUAUUAUGUAUCAUAAAGAGAAGGAAACAUAUUCCAAUUUCCACCAUAGCUUCAAUCAUCCACUCUUUUACUCCUCCCCUACAUUUUGGAGCCAAAAUCUCCAUUAAAGAAACCUCAAGAAAUCACUGAUGGCGCCUCCUCCUUCUUCUUUUUCAUCUUCACAUCAAAAACCAGAAAUUAGAAAAGACAAAAUCAACAACAAAUUAAUCAUUUUUUCUCCAGCAAGAUCCAAACGUCCAUCUGACUUUAAAUCCAAAUCCCCUGUCUCAAAUUCAAGCACAAAUCAGUUAAAGGAAUGCCCUUUUUGUAUUGGGCAUGAACAUGAAUGUGCUCCUGAAAUUUUCCGGGUUGUGGAUGACCCAAAUUGUCCCUCUAAUUGGAAAAUAAGGGUGAUUCAGAAUUUAUAUCCUGCUUUGAGUAAGGAUAUUGGCACACAUAACCGGGGUUCGGAGGAUUCGGGUUGUUGUAUUAUUCCCGGGUUUGGGUUUCAUGAAGUUGUGAUUGAAACUCCUACCCACCCGGUUCAUUUGGGUGAUCUUUCUGGAGCUGGUGUUGGGGAGGUUUUGAUGGCUUAUCAGAAGAGGGUGCUUCAACUUGCUUCUGUUGAUAGCAUCAAAUAUAUUCAGGUGUUUAAAAACCAUGGAGCUUCAGCUGGAGCAUCGAUGAGUCAUUCUCAUAGUCAGCUAAUAGCUCUACCCAUUGUUCCUCCUUCAGUAUCUAGUCGCUUUACGGCUAUGAAAGAGUAUUUUGAGCAGACAGGACAGUGUGUUUUGUGUGAGAAGCCACCGAAAGAGCUUGUAAUUCAUGAAUCAAAGUACUUCAUUGCAGUUGUUCCAUUUGCUGCAAGUUAUGCCUUUGAGAUUUGGGUUAUUCCGCAGUAUCACUCUGCUCAUUUUCAGGAUAUAGACAAGGAUAAGGCGGACGACCUUGGUGGAUUACUUAAACUCAUGCUGAAAAAAAUGGGUGUGCAAUUGAACAACCCACCAUUUAACUACAUGAUUCAUACAUCUCCUCUGCACAUCAAUGAUUCUGAUUUGCAAUUCAGUCAUUGGUAUCUACAGAUAGUCCCGCAGCUGACUGUUUUAGCUGGUUUUGAAAUCGGAACUGGAUGUAAUAUCAAUCCUGUAUUCCCUGAAGACGCCGCGAACAUAUUGAGGGAAGUUGUUGUUGAAGACAUGGAAGAAAAUUUCAGAGAAAUCCAUAUUCAAGGUUCCUAGAUAGAAAUUAGGAUUUAUUUAUUGAAAUACAAACUUUCAACCUAGAAAAAAAAAAUGAAGCAUAUGAACAUUCUUUUUGUCCUGUGACUAAUACAAGUUGAAUGAUAAAUAUAGAUUUAGUUUACUUUCUAUAGGAAUAGUUUAGUUUUGGAUGAAAUAAUGCAUGAUGUCUCUUGAUGAGGAAGUAUGUACUAAUCACAUCAUUGCAUUUCGUUCGGAGGAUUCGGUGGAUGUGUGAUGUUCUGGAUAGAUAAGGUCGUUAUGUCGAUCGAUUUUCAUUUUGUAAGGUUAUCAAAUAAGAGGACGACGCCUGAAAGCCGGAUAAAUGUGUAUUUGAGAUCAUGUUGUGGUUGACGGUUCAGAAAAAAUCUAAUCGUCCAAAGGUUCUCUUGAGGAUACAUAUGAGGGUAUACAAACUACAAUGGUGUGAUUGAUGAGGGUCACUAACAUGACAUUUAUUCUUGUAUGAGAUUGAUCAACAUGUGUUUCAAUUAUUGGAUUUGAGUUGGAGACCUUAUUUAUAUUGGCUCACUUCUAUCAAUGUCUACAUUUUCUUUC